AUGAGACUCUCUUUCCGCGCUGCACGUCCCCUACGGCGGCCACAGGAUCCUACGACCUACCUCCGAGCAUGUCGAGCCAUCUCCAAUGCUUCACGACAGCAGAUGACAAACCCCGGACAAGCGAAUCCCCGUCGUCCCAUAGCGUCUCUGGAAGAGAAUUACUCGGGGCAAAGAAGAAACAUGUCCAGCACACGCAUCAGGCCGGCGACAGUUGUCGUGCAGAACCCCCGCGUCGACGAAGACGGGAAAGAAAUGACGAUCACGAUCUCCGAGCGAGCUGCCAAACGCCUGAAACAGAUCACCAGCGCGCCUCCGCAGAAGAACUCUCUUACCUCUUCCUCCUCCUCAGCUUCGCCGCCAGAUUCCCACCUGCGCGUCACAGUGACCUCGGGCGGCUGCCACGGAUUCCAAUAUCUGAUGUCCCUUGAGGACUCUUCGAAGAUCGACGCCGAAGAAGACACUAUAUUCUCAAAUGCCGAUGACGAUGAGACGGCGCGGACAACAGGGCCUGGAAAAGCAGAGGUGGUCAUGGACUCUGCGAGUCUGGAGUUGUUGAAAGGCAGCACCAUCGAUUUCACGCAGGAGUUGAUCGGAAGUCAGUUCAAGGUUGUGGGCAAUCCGCGCGCGACGAGCAGUUGUGGAUGUGGUACGAGUUUCGACGUUGAGUGA